AUGGCUAACUCCGGCUAUCGAGAAGGCAGGGCAGCGGCGCCGAACAUCGAGUGCGAAGGUGAUCGGCAAGGCGAGGACUUCCAGGACAUUGUUGAUUCACCAUAUGGUGCUGUGCAUGCUGAGAUGAUCAGCGGCGAUGGCGAGGACGAAGAAUUCACGAUCACUGGCGACACCAGCAACGCUGAAGAUGCAGCCUUUGACAGCCAGGUGGGGGCCCUUCAAGAGGCUGUUCUGGAUGAUUCCUUCCAGGACGUGCUGAAUGCCUAUUGCAGAGAGCACUGCCAUCACUUCGAGGACACAGAGGAGAACAAACUCAUCUACACCGAGCUCUUCAACCAGUACGCAGAGCUCAUCGAAGGGCACCUCGAGCGGCAGAUGGCAAGCGCCAUCCCUGGCUUCUCCAUGGCCGCCUUCCUCGAAGAACUGUCCCGAAGAGGUGAGGAUGAGAUCGAUGCAGCAGUCCUUGACUUGUUGAUCUCGCUGACGGACUUCAUGUCCUUCAAGCAGCAGAUGCUCAUGGUAAAGGCCGGGGAUGCUGGCUUGUCCUUGUCUGGGACUGCUUCACAAAUCCAUGUCGACGAAGACGAGGAAGGUGAAGCUCGUCCAGACCUGGACGGCUUGCUGACCGUCUCACCAGCCUCGCCAA